AUGAAAAAUCGUAUUUCAAUAUCAUCUAAACUUGAAACAUUUCCUAAUGAAAUAUUCUUUGAAAUCUUUGAUCGUCUUUUACCAAGUGAUUUAUAUCAAGCAUUUUAUGGACUUAAUACUCGUUUAAAUACAAUAUUAAACGAUUCUCGUAUGCGUUUUCGUGAUAAUAUAUCAUCUCUUAAUUCAAAAGAAUUUCAUUCUUAUAUUCAAAAUAUUCUUCCUCAAAUUCUAAAUCGUCUAGUUUCAUUUACAUUUGGAACAUAUGAUACUGAUGAGGUUCGAUUAAAAUAA